ACUUAAUUGAUCAUGUAAACCAAUUUUGCUGAACUUCUGAUAUAUUUCGGGAAAUGUCCAAACCUUUUAAUUCCGGCCUGGCGCCGGAAACGAGUGAAAGAAUUUAUAAACAGUUGUUGAAUGUUGGUACCCCAACCGUAAAAAAAACUAGCGUUCGUGGUAAAAUCAACAAACGACCCGCUUUCAGCUCCGGUAAACUUAAAGGACCCGAACAAGAUUCCGAUCUACUGCCGUUAGAAUUUUAUAAUUUUCAUUACAACACAUCUCCAAGAAAUGGAACAUUACGAGAUGAAAAUGUCCAUGAUCUCAGAAAACACAAUACCAGUCCAUGUCCAUCCACAGAAGAAAACGUUGAAGAAGAUUCUAUGGUUAAAAUGCUGAAAAUCAGAGCCACGUCAGCUUAUGUUAGGAAUCCAGAAUGCUACCAAAGAAACCCGGAGUUCUUCAUGAGUUGCACCCCGACCGAAAGAAGAAACAUGAGCAAUCAGAAACCUGUGGUCUGGAAUCAUAGUCAUCAAGCUUUGAGAUUAGAUAAGGAAUGGGCUGCUAAAGCUCAGUGUAGGGCAACAAAACGACAUUCAGAGCUGGUGAAGCAUAGAACAGAUAAGAUGUACAUACUAAAUGGAGCAGCGUUAGGUCUGAAAAACCGAUAUAGCAUCCCUGAUGGUGAAACACAACAUCUUAAAGAAUUGUCUUUAGCUAGACACGAACUCAGAAAUGAACUUCGAGAGGCCAGAGAGAUACACAAUCGAUCCAGAAAUAUCAGUGCUUUGAGAAGUAGGAGUAGAACGGAAAGUGUAAAGUUACCGAGAUUAAGUGCGAAAUCAAAAGAUCUUGUCACAGAUAGCAACUCGAUGGUACCAAGCAUUUACAGCAAUACACAGAGCAAUGAUUUUGGUAGAAAACAAUCCAAAACAGGGUGUAUUACAGUAGAAGGAACUCAGCACCCUGUGGAUAAACAGAACGAUGAGAUGAAGGCAGAAACGGCCGAAAAACAGCGUGUCGUUGCUGCAGAUGGUGAUGAAGAAGAGCACACUGCUGUCGAUAAAGCAUCCGAUAUGAAACUGGCUUCCGAAGAAGACAAUCCUAAUCAGCCCGUUCCUGAAGAGUCAUCGUCUUCAGAUAGUGAACAUGACGAUCCAGAAGAAAAUGACGUAGCUGUGAAUCAAGCAUUUAAUGAAUGUACCACCUCGGAUGUAGAUCUUGCUAAUAAUAUCGAUAUCGAGAUGACUAACAACACGGGAAUUGACACAACGGUAUUGCAAAACACUGACGACCCCACUAAUAACCAAUAUGACGAAGAAACCGAAGCGGCUUUACAGUUUUAUGGAGAAGUAGAAGAUGAAGAUGAACAUGCAGAUGAUGAUGCCGAUAGAUUAUCUAUAUGAAGUUGCUUACCAAAAAGAUGAUAUUAUUGAAAACUGACUUUAACCUUUUUAAGCAUUCCAAAAGAUAUUCGUUUCAAAACCUCUACAACAUUGCAUGCUGAUCGUAUCGAAUCAAUUUUACCAAUUUUAUCGUUGAUGAUUCUGUUUAAACUGUCUUAUAUUCUAUAAUGAAAAUGUCUUUUGAUAUGUAAAUUGUCAUAAACAAGUUUGUAUAAAAAUGUCUUAUGCUAUGAUAAUUGUCAUAAACAAUUUUGUAU